UUUUUAAAGAACACUAAUAUAGGAGGCGUUACCAUGUUGUACGUUCACAUAAUUGACAGAUUGUAUUAGUUCUGAUGUUCAUAAACUAAGCAUGCCACCUGUAACAGUUACAGUUAGAGAAAUCAAGAACAAGGAUAUAGGACUAGAUAUCAGUGUGCCAAAUCACAAUGAGAUUUCUGGGAAGAUGACAUCAACUAUUGAAUACCAUGUGGUGGUGGUGACGUCGCUAGAUUGCUUCAAAUUACCAAAACAUAAAGAAACUGAUAAUGUGCAAUUCAUGAUUAAAAAGACAAUGGGAGAUUUCGAUGACUUUCAUAAAAAGAUGACAGCAGCAUUCCCUGGCACGAUCCUCCCACCGCUGCCACCAAAAACAUUAUUUACGAGUGAUAAACUCGCGAGAGAAAGAAGGAAUGCUCUGGACCAUCUGUUAAAAGUCAUUCACAAAGUCCCAAAGCUGGUGAACCAUCCUAUUUUCUUAGAAUUCUUGGGUGUUGACCCAAUGAGAGCCAGCCUCCACACUAAGAAGGACCAGAAACCUGUCACAAAAGACCAAGAUGCAAAAGAGGAAGGAGAUACUGAAGGAGGCAAUGCCGACACGCAACAAAAAGAAGUGAAACAGAGUUCAUUGUUUGACGAGGAUGAUGAACCUGAACAUGACAUGUUUACAAGUGUACCUGGCUCUGGAGACAUUGAUGAUGACAUCUUUAAAUCUGGCAAUGCCUUUUCAACAGGCCCAGAUGCAGAAACUAAACUGUUCGAUGAUCAAGACUUUGGAGGUGGGAUAGCAGAAAAUGAUGACCUUGCAUCAUUUGUCAUCAGAGACACUGAUGUAAAAGAAAAGUUCAAUAAGGCAGAUGCAGCUCCUGCUGCUGCUGAUGGGGAUUAUUCUUCAGAUCUUUUGAAUAUUGAAGAUGACUUGGACAAAUUACUAACUACACCAAUUGAAAAACCAACACAGGACUCUAAAAAGCCACCACUAGGGGUAAAACCAAACAUUAGUCCUAAACCCAAAUCUAGUGACAAGCCAACUAUUCAAAACAAACCUAAAAUUGGACAGAAACCAGUGAAGACUCCCAACAAACCAGAUAUUAAAGACAAACCUACAAUUGCCACUAAACAAACUGUUGUUAAAGAAGCCCCAAAAGCAAUGAAAGACAAUGAUAGUUUAUUUGCCCCUAACCCAGAGAGCUCUCUUGGUGAUAUGGAUGAUGAUGAUAUCAUGAAGUAUAUUCAAGACAAUGAACAAACAUUGGUUGUGGUUGUUGUUCCUUUAGAAUUGGUUAUGCUUGUUGUUCCUACACUAUUGGUUGUGCUUGUUGUUCCUAUAGCAUUGGUUGUGCUUGCUGUUCCUUUAGAAUUGGUUAUGCUUGUUGUUCCUAUACUAUUGGUUGUGCUUGUUGUUCCUAUAGCAUUGGUUGUGCUUGCUGUUCCUUUAGAAUUGGUUAUGCUUGUUGUUCCUAUACUAUUGGUUGUGCUUGUUGUUCCUAUAGCAUUGGUUGUGCUUGCUGUUCCUUUAGAAUUGGUUAUGCUUGUUGUUCCUAUAGCAUUGAUUGUGCUUGUUGUUCCUAUAGCAUUGGUUGUACUUGUACCUAUAUUAUUGGUUGUGCUUGUUGUUCCUAUAGCAUUGAUUGUGCUUGUUGUUCCUAUAGCAUUGAUUAAUGAUUGUGCUUGUUGUUCCUACACUAUUGGUUGUGCUUGUUGUUCAUAUAGCAUUGGUUGUGCUUGUUGUUCCUAUAGCAUUGAUUGUGCUUGUCGUUCCUAA